UCAAGUCAAGGGAAGCUCUCCUGUCCACUUUGGAAAGAUUCCAGGCGGCGUUUGUGAGCUGCUGAGAACCAGGAGGUAGAGAACAGAAAGAGAGAUUAGUUGCUGCUGCUGCUGUGCUCAAAGUCUCUGUUUGUUUGUUCCUACCUCUUUACCAGCCUUGUAACGUUUUUGGAGCCCUUGCCGAAGACGCACGGUGCUGUUGCCAUCUGGUUCCAAUCUGCGUAGCCAGAGGCAGAAUCCUCCAGGCAUCUGGGUUAGCCAGCCAGGCCAGCUUCCUUUCACUCCAGGUCUUGUCUUCGGGCGCGGCUGUACUUGUUGCAGCCUGGUGGUGCUCCGAAGAGGUGAGAAGUCCUCCCAUCACUGCCUCGCCUCCGGUUUCGAAACUGAAUGCCAGCCCUGGCCGAUCUCUGAAAUAGCUGGUGCAGCCAAAGGGCAGGCUUGCCAGAGGUCAGGAGGGAAGAACCCUCCCCCAACUCCUUAACAGCAGAAGGGUGUUUAGAGGGCACCUCUGGGCCACCUAACGUGAUCUAUGAUUAGCUCAGUGUGUGUCUCAUCUUACCGCGGGCGCAAAUCGGGGAACAAGCCACCCUCCAAAACAUGCCUGAAGGAAGAGAUGGGCAAAGGGGAAGAGUCGGACAAGAUCACUAUCAAUGUUGGGGGCACCAGGCAUGAGACAUACAAGAGCACUUUGCGCACCCUGCCCGGCACCAGGCUGGCCUGGCUGGCUGACCCUGAUGCCCAGAGCAAUUUUGACUUCGAUGGGCAAAGCAAUGAGUUUUUCUUUGACCGCCACCCAGGCAUCUUCUCCUACGUGCUGAACUACUACCGCACAGGCAAACUACACUGCCCCGCAGACAUCUGUGGACCCCUUUUUGAGGAAGAGCUCACCUACUGGGGCAUCGAUGAGACUGACGUGGAGCCCUGCUGCUGGAUGACCUACCGCCAGCACCGCGAUGCUGAGGAAGCUCUGGAUAUCUUUGAGAGCCCUGAGCCUGGUAGUGGGGUGGCUGGAGAGGAGACCGAGGAUGAAGGGGCCAGGGAGAUGACUCUUCAGUGCCUGGGCAUGGAUGAUAGGCCGCCGGGAGCUCCUGGGGCUGCUGGAGGAGGAGGUUGUUGUCGCAACUGGCAGCCCAGGAUGUGGGCUCUCUUUGAGGAUCCCUAUUCAUCCCGGGCAGCCAGGGUAAUUGCCUUUGCAUCGCUUUUUUUCAUCCUGGUAUCCAUCACAACAUUUUGCCUGGAGACGCACGAAGCCUUCAUCAUAGAUGUUAAUGUAACUGAGACAGUGGUGGUGGACAACAACACAACAGCAGUUUUUGUGAUGCAAAAGAUGGAGACAGAGCCAAUUCUCACUUAUAUUGAGGGAGUCUGUGUGCUGUGGUUCACUCUGGAGUUUCUAGUGCGCAUCAUUUGCUGCCCAGAUAAAUUGGUCUUCAUUAAGAACCUUCUUAACAUCAUUGACUUUGUAGCUAUCUUGCCCUUCUACUUGGAGGUGGGACUCAGUGGCCUGUCAUCCAAGGCUGCGCGGGACGUGCUGGGCUUCCUGCGAGUAGUCCGUUUUGUCCGGAUCCUCCGGAUCUUCAAGCUGACUCGCCACUUUGUGGGGCUUCGGGUGCUGGGUCAUACACUCCGGGCCAGCACCAACGAAUUCCUCCUUCUCAUCAUCUUCCUGGCUUUAGGGGUUUUGAUCUUUGCCACAAUGAUUUAUUACGCUGAAAGGAUCGGAGCCAAACCAUCUGAUCCCAGUGGAAGUGAACACACACAUUUUAAGAAUAUCCCCAUUGGAUUCUGGUGGGCAGUAGUGACAAUGACAACAUUGGGCUAUGGUGACAUGUACCCUAAAACCUGGUCUGGCAUGGUGGUUGGUGCUCUUUGUGCCCUGGCUGGGGUCCUUACUAUUGCCAUGCCUGUCCCGGUGAUUGUCAACAACUUUGGAAUGUAUUACUCAUUGGCCAUGGCCAAGCAGAAGCUCCCAAAGAAGAAGAAGAAGCACAUACCUCGUCCGGCACCACUGGAAUCUCCAACAUACUGCAAAUCAGAGGACAACUCACCUCACAACAGCGUUCAGAGCUACAACAGCCCCCUAGCAGCAGCAACAGCAGUAGCAGGGGUGGGGGAGAGGAAAAGAUCAGAUACCAAGCAGAAUGGCGACGCCAAUGUGGUGCUUUCAGAUGAGGAGCAGGCCCUUUCAUCAUCGCAGGAAGAGAAGCUGCCCAUGAGGCGCUCAAGUACCAGGGACAAAAACAAGAAAGCAGGCACCUGCUUUCUUCUGAGUGCUGGAGAUUUCUCUUGUGCUGCUGAUGGUGGCAUCCGGAAAGCCAAGCUACCCUAUGUGCUUUCUGGGCGGUUUCUCCAGCCUUUAGAAGGCCGAGUGAAUCAUCAUCGUUCUUCUUUUUGAAACACCUCUGGAUCCUUCAGCACACAGAUCUCAUUUUCUCCCUUGUUAUAUUUCCUUUUAAAACUAUUCAUGUCUAAGAAUAAAUGAGAGGGAAAAGGUAUAUAAUGGUGUUUCCAAUACCAGGUCUCUUAAGUACAAAGAACUGAAAAGAUAACCCUCUCAUCUAACUAGCUCUGACACAAGCUUUGGCCAUGAGACAGAGAGACAGACAUAAAAAGAAGCAUUGGUUGGAACACUUCUUUGACUGUUUGGAAUAUUUUACUGGGAAAGAAACUGAAAAUCCUUGUUUUUGCAGGACUGUUGAAUCCUCAGUGACUGUCACUAGAAGCUGGGAUUGGCUCAAGCAAUUUUCCUGUUAGAAAUGUUAAACGGGGAGAAUGUAAGCUGGGAGAACCUGAAACUUUGCUGUAAUCCUGCUUGCUUUGUAUUUGGUGUAUAAAACUUGUCCAAGACAUCCCAGGGUUUCGUCACGGGCUCCCUGCUGUACAAGCAUCUGAAAUGGUCCAUCAGCAGAGAUGACUCCUUGUUGUUGUAUUGACCUGUUCGUUAGCUGGCAUAACUGCUGUUCUCCUAUAGUCACUUAAACGGUUCCUGGACUUUGUCACAGAUGGAUUUUAUUAAUCUUAGAUACCUUCCUGCAGAUGCUUCAGUAUGCAAGUGCCAACUAUUGUCUGCAGAUCUUAUUUUUUUAAGAGUCUACUGUGUGUGUUCCAAAUGUUUCCAAUGUUAAUUUCCCUUCCCAUAAAUGAUAUUCAUGGAAUUGUUUUGAGAUUUGAAUCAGUGGAUGUUGUGAGGAGAAUUUUUUACUUCUUAACCAAACAGCCCAUGGAUGUGUAUAACAGGAAAAAGGCAGAACCAUUAGACUGGAGAAGUGAUUAUGUUUUUUUCCAGUACUAUUACUACAUCCCAGACAGUAUUUAGUAACAUGAUCUUCUGUGCUGUACACAUGCCUCAUCUUGUCAAACUGUACUAGCAUCCUAAUAAAGAGACCUGGGAGCUGA